UAGUAAAGAAGCACCGAGGGUUCAUCGGUAGCAAGUCACUUUCCCUUAGGUUCAUUUGGUUUCGUUAAGAUGAAAGGGUUUCAUGGGAGAUAAGAUCUAGCUGUCAAAUUUGAGAUGACAGUGAUUGCUCUUGUGGCGUGCUUUAGAAGUUGUGAUCUACCCGCUCCCACCAUGAAAUUUGGGUCGUACACCAAAGACCAGCGCAUUUGUUAUACAAAACCAAAAAGAUGCGCGCGCAUGUUGAUACCGGACAAUGACGAUCGGAGAUCAACGAGACAGAAAAAUGAUACGAAUUUAGUUUACUAGACUUUGGUAAAGAUUUAUGGGAUUUUGAAAAAUACUAUGAAUUAUGACGAAAGUUUAGUAAAUAAUUUUGCAUUGAUGAAGAGGAAUUCAAGAAGGGAAAUCGUUCCAAAUGAGUGAAAUCACAAGCGAAUUUCAUCGUGGAUAUGUUUGGAAACGGAGAGACGACUGCCACGUUUUUCAUACUACUUAUUAUCAUACAAGCCUAUGCAGGAAAAUGGCCACCAGAUUAUCGAAUUUUAUCGACAACCAGUUCGGGCGACGGACAAGUCAAAAGAUCAAACGACCAUGUUUCCGAGACGACGCGCCGGAAACUUUCUCGGGCUCAGGCGAUCUUGCGUCAACUAUAGACUCGAAUGCCGAAGGCAGCGGAAUUACCAUGUUAAAAGACUUUAUGCUUUCCGAGGUGAAAGCGAAGGGUGUUAAGGGGGAUUUAGGCCACAACGAAAGAACUUCACCUAAAGUUUUGAAUAGCAACAUGCGAAAAAACGACAAUUUGAGAGAAUCUUCUCAUAAUGCAAAGCUAAACUCAAAAUUAGAAAAAAAUAGCAAGAAUAACAAAAAGAAAGGCGACAACGGAAAGUCGCUUUCCCAUUCUGAUAAAAAGUGGUUGCAUUCAUUCUUCGGCCAUGAUGUUUUACAUUCUGAUGGGUCACCGAAAAAAACAGAGAAAAGUGACUCAAACUUAAAUGUCGUUGUAAAACUUAAUGAUAUGGAUGAAAAAAGAAAAGAAAUAUUGAAGAGCUUUGACGAAUCGCAAAGACAAAGUUCGGGCUCAUCAGGAGACUAUGAAGGGAAAAUGCUUGAAAAAUAUGAAACUGGAUCAAAUCUGAAGGAGCCUGUUUCCAAAGAGAUUUACGAAAAACAUCGCAAAUUGUACGAGGAGCUCUCGCAGUUUUUUCCGGGGGACAAUCAAGUCCGUGUCGAAAAUUUACGGCCAAAAAGAAAUUUCAAAGAGGAAGAAUAUCUCAGAUCUGAUUUAGAGAUUUAUCCAGUUGAACAGUUCAUGGAAGAUGAUGGUGAUGGCGAUGAUUUUGACGAAGAUCCGGAUGAUUAUGGAUAUGCACAUGAAGAUUUCGCCACGGCGUUCGGUACAGACGAUUAUGGGGAUGCCUCGGAACGAACGGGGAGGUACCGUCGCUCGGCUGAUUUAAAUUCGGAAGGAUCUAAAUCAAAUGGCGAAGAUUUUAAGCGAAAACUUAAUCCUUACCCUGCAGAAAGAUAUGACCAGUAUACAAAAAAGGAAUUGCCUUCAGAAGCCAGUGAAACGCCCUACGAUGUGCAGAAAACGCAAUUUUCUCAAAAAGAAGCUUCAGGCAGCAAUCUUGAACGGAUAUCAAGUAACGUAGGAUACGAUCUGAAAGAGAGGCAAGAGACAAAUGACUACGAGGACAUGAAGACAGCUUACUUAAAAAUGUCGUCCGGUUCUGGGACAGACCAGCGGGAAAAGCUACAAGCAACGAAAGAAGGCGAUUUGAGGCCCAAUGCUAAAACGAGUGCAGGGAAACCAGAUCCGGUUUCUUUUUUGGCAAGCAGUAGAAACCGGCCCGGUAAUGAUCCAGCGAUUACAAACAUGAGGGGUCCGAAAAUUGGCACAGACCCUGGAAAACCUGCAUAUGCAGUAGGUACCAACAUGAAUACAGAAAAAGAAACCCAAAUGCACAGAAAGGGUAGCAAGCAUUAUAAAGAGCUGACUAAAGACUCGAGUAGGCUAGCCGAAUCAGAAAUGGAAUCGAGGAACAAAGGAGAUUCAGUUGAUGAAAAGGAAUCUCACGCACAGACAAAUACGCACCACAAACACAAAUCGCACACAACGAAACAAUCUAAUGAAAAGAAUUCCAAGGGAAAUCAUAAAAAUGCAGCCGAAUUUGUUACUCCACUUGGAAAGAUUGGAAAAGCAAAGUCGAGAAGGAAAAGAAUUAAGCUGGUGAUGGAGAAAAGAAAAAGAGAAGCAAUCAGGAGUCUUGGGAUCGAAUUUUGGAGUCCAGGAAAAAAGGCUUCUAAGAAAUGGCGAACUGGUCGGGCAUUGAUAGAGGCUGCCACUGGAAAGAGGCUAGAGACAAAUGAGGACCAAGAUGGUGUAUUCAAACGAAGCCGAAUAAACUUGAGGCCAAAAUCAAUGAGUCCAAGGGGAAUGGUGUUGGACAGCGUAAGGCUUCCCAAACGGAAGGGAAAGAGAAAUAUUGAGCUGGAUGAGCAAAACCUUAUGGAUAUUCAGCGUUCUCUUGACCAAUUUCGGACUGGUGAACAGAAUUUUUACUUGGAAAAACCGACAACGAAAAAUCGCCGAAGCUUACCGACAAGAAACGCGGUCAAAUUCAUAAAUGACUACAUUGAUGACUAUUCAUCAGGUGAAAUUGAGCCGGAAGAGUCAGGUACCGACGAUGAGGAGGAGACUGAAAAAGCAAAAGAAACAGCGCAGAUCCUUGCAGUAUCAACAGUCGGGCUGGCAAAGCACGGACAAAGCAAAGGGCAAAACAGUGCAAUGGUUACAAGAGAUAGCUUGCCCGAGGAGGGUAACAGCUUACCCGAGGGACCCUUCGAAGGAGCAGAAAGAAACAGUGAAAUCGUUGAAAGAAGUGACCAAAGUGACGAGGCUUCUGAAGAUUCUGCUCGGUUUCAUGGUCCGUUUGACCAAAGUGAAACAGACAACGAAGAAUUCAUUGACACACGAUCAAAUGUUCCCAAGCCAAAUCUUAGUUUGUACAAUGGAACAAAUGAUUUUGAUCUAGGCUCUCAAGAUUUCAAGGAUUCACUCGGACUCUCAGAAAUUGGUGAUGUUGAGGCUGCACACAUUUCCGGACCAUCAGCAUAUAACAUGAUCCAGAAAGGAUUGAGUCGGGAUCAGAUUGCAAGUACGAAAUCGGAUAUUGAGGAUCCGGAAGAAGAAAGGGCCAUAAAUGAAACACCGACGGUAGAGGUAAACUCACUCUGGAACGAUGCGCAGAUAGCUGAAGAAAAACUAGCAAAUAUUCCGUACCCAUCAAAAACCGGUCAUCUAGGUACAAAUGUUUUUGUUAGUGAAGACGGACUCAGAAGAGGAGACAUCGGAAAACAAAAGACAGAAGUGGAGAAAAUUGAUGACCAAGAAAAGGAUUAUGAUCACAACGAAGAGGUGAAGGAGCACAAGAAACUUAUUACAGACAUGAUGCGAAACGUGAAUGGUGGAAAAACAAUCGGCGAGAAGCUUUCUGGUCAUGCAACAAAUAAACCGAGCAAAACUGAAUCAUCUGCGGAUGGAAUUCAGGUAAUCAGAAGCAUGAAUACAAGAAGAUUAAGCAAUACAAAACCAAGUAGAAUGGAUAAAAACAGCGGGAAGUUGGUAGAAAAGAAAACCAAUAAAAAGGGAAGCUCAAAAGAAGUCGCACAGCAGCAAGCAAACACCCUUGAUCAAGCUACGUUUAAGAACCUGAAAAUGACCUUGAAGAAAGAAAAGUCUCCGGUUAAGAAUAAAACUUGGGAAGCGGAAGUGAACUCUUUAUUUCCUGUAGAUGAAAAUAAACGUAUUACCCUAUUAAAAGAAGGUGAAGUUUCUACAAAAGAAUCAGGGGGACAAAUGGAACAAGCUAGCAAAAAGCAUAAUGUACAUGAUUUAAAGACGAUAAACAAACCGACAUCAAAGGAGACCACAACUAACAAGUUGGAAGCAUCAACAAAGAGACAGUGCGUUGGGAUCAGCGUAGCAGACUGCAUUGGCCCUGACUCGGUCACUUUUAAUUUACCAAUGAACGGACAAGCCGAGUACGGGGUGCAAGUAAAUCAACCAAUGCCUGGAUUACCCUUCCCGCAAGGGGGGUAUGCUAUGCCUCAACAGACGCAGUCUAUUUACCCGCCAAACCCGAACCAGUAUCCACCUUCUCCGGAUGUUCUAAGGCAGCAGCAGUUUGGCAGUUUUCAAGGGAUGAACGGUUUCAACAAUCAAGACAGACCGCAUGACUAUCCUGGAGCUUUCCCAGACCAUUACCCAAAUAACACUCCAAACAUGCCUGAGUCCAGUCCGGACCAUAGUAAAAAACGACCGGCCGUUCCCACUAUGAAACCGAGUGAGAAUUCAAUAUUUAAAGCUGGUGCUUCAAAGAAGAAAAAGAAGAAGCCCAAAACUACACCAAAACCAAAGAAAACGACUAAAUGUCCAGACUGCAAUAAACCAAAGAAGGCUAAAGCAUCAGGCGGAAAGAUUCCUAUUACGGACAAAUUGUGGAAGGUUAAGAAGAGACCAACCACAACUGCAACACCGAAAAUAAAGAAAACAACAAAAGUAUCAACAACCGGGACUAGGCAUACUACAUUGGAAACAAAGCCACCACCAAUAACGCACAGCUAUGGAGGAGCAGCAGCUCUCCCCCGCCCUGCAAAGGUCGGUCACAACCAACACCACGCAGGACCCAAGAAAAUCCCAAGCUACCAGUCUUCCAAUUGGACGCAUGGAAGCACGUAUGGAGGUAGACCAAGCGGUGGAAAAUUCAAAGGCUAUGCGGGAGUACCUUAUCAAACACCAGCAACAAUACCAACAACAACACCAACAACAAUUUCAACAGCCACUGCGACGACUCUUUGGACUACAGCAGCAACAACAGCAACAACAGCAACUACAACACAAUCAACAACAACGUCAGCAACAACACCAUCAACGACACCAUCAACAACAGAAACACCAUCAACAACAAAAGCGACAACAGCACCAAAAACAACCAGCUCGGCAACAACGACAACUUCUCCUGAGGUUGGGCUUGAAACAGGCACAGGGGAGCAAGUUUCAACAAGAAUGACUACCCAGCCAAUGACAGAGGGACCAAACACUGCAAAACAAGGACCAUUGGCAACAUAUUAUACAAACACAGUUACCACAACCACAAGGCGCAAGAAAAAGCGAAAACAUAAGAAGACACCCCUUUCUCCUGAUGGCAGACCAGCAUCAUUGCAGUCACUAAGAACAACGCCUGCAGCAACUACCGCUACUCCUCCCAAACAAAGCACUUUUACACCAUCCGCAACUGGAGCAACAACAACAAUUACUCCAGGCACAACAAUAAAUACUCCAGCUACAACAACAGCAACACCGAGCAUUUCAACAACACAAGCUCCAACGACAACCGCAAGUCCAAACCCCUCCACAACUGGCACGAAUCCUGUACCAUGUAUAGCGCCAUGUGCAAAUGGCGCACAGCAGGGGCCAAUCCAGGUAAUACAAAAUGUUCCAUCUUUACCAGCUGGAACGAAAGUUAAAAACAAAAAACCAAAUAUACAAAUGAUAUUUGUAAAUUGCAAGUUUGGAUUCCCAUGUGAGAAAAAGAAAGGUAAAAAGAACCACAAAAACAAAGGAAAGGGGAAAGGUCACCUGAAAGUUAGGCCAACCGUUCCAACAACAAAGCAGCCAGCAACAACACUUCAGAUUGACCACUCACAGCCUACAAAUUCCCCAUUUACACAGACCCAACAACCUCCAGCAACGACCAUGUUGCCAACAGUUUCAACAGAAACGCCAGUAACUCUUCCAAGCAUUGGUUCACCAUUUACAGCACCUCGACCAUCCCAUGUCAAUAAAGAAGAGAGUUCUAAUGGCGGGGCAGGCGUAGCCAAGCCGGCACGACCAAUGCCACAGGCUAGGCCGAUGCAGCCGCAGUCACCAAGUCCAAGUGGAAAACCAACAACUGGACAGGAUCAAACAGGAUACGGUGGCUCUCAACCACCAAAAAUGCAACAAAAUCUUCCGCCUUAUUCAACAAAGCCACAAACUGGUUUAUCUAACGCACAAGGAGCCACUCCUGGUAGACCAGCUACACCUGGAUUAGGAAACGGUACACCUCCAAAACAGCAACCAUUCGGACAAAUGAAUACGACAACGACGAUGACAACUUCAGCGUGCAACUCAUUCAAGAGCUGCCAAGGCAUCAGCUGCGCACAGUGUCCAUGCAUUCACUGCAUUCCUGUUGUCACAGUCAUGUGUCAAGCUGUUAGUUGCACAACGUGUCCAGGACUUGGAUGUACACCAGCAAUACCAGUUGUUCCAGUAGUACCCGUAAUACCUAUUGGGCAGCAGCCUGCACCAGGAACUGUAGCUGCCAAUAGGGUUAAACUGGUACCUGAAGCUGUUCCUGGGCCAGGAGUUUUACCAGAGCCAUCUGAACCAAUGGAAGAGCAAAUGACCACAGAAGCACCACUCAGCGAGCCACAACCACCACAGCCAACAUUACCACCUGUUCCAAUAUCGGAAAACGAGGUAGAGACUCCAAAUGAAGAGGAAGAUCAAGUGUUCGAGUCCCAGCCACAGCAGCAGGAGAAACCAUCCCAAAGCAGCGUACAACAAACAAGGCCAACGCAGCAGCAACAACGACCAACAAAUCAACAAGAAAGGCCAAGCACGCAAAGUGCGCAGCCAAAAUUAGAAGAAGGAAAUGUAGAGAAUUCGAACGACGCGCAAGAUGCGUCGGAAGAUAAACAGGAGCAGCCAAAUGCACAGCAAAAGCCAUACGAGCACCAGAGACCGUAUGGGCAUCAGCGGCCCAACAGCCAGCAAGGCUAUGAACAGCAGCAGCCUUCCCAGCAUAAAAACCAACAGCAGGUUGCUGGGCAACAAAAUCAACAACAUCAACAGCAAAUAAGCGAUAUCAAAGAUGAAGAUGACUUUGAAAUGUCAAAGGAAGGGCAACCGAAUGAUGGGACGUACUCAAAUCAGUACACUGGCCAGAGUCCUAACAACACAAUUCCCAGCAAUGGAAGCAAUGCGGCUUCUAGUGAGGAAAAAGCAACUGGACAGGCACAAUCUGCUCUACCAACAGGUGAGCACAAUCAAACUGAGGCUAGUUCCUCGGUGGGACAAAGCAACUCGCAAUACACAACAGCUUCGCAAAUGCCAACGCAAGACAGGCCGAGAGCAAGCAGUGCAGCUCCCGCCCGCGGGAAACAAAAACAUGGUAAACACAGAAAAAAGUAUCCUUUCAUUAAAAGUAAGAAUAAUAAACACCAGCCCGGUCCUAAAACUUCGAGUAAUGCACCAGCUGUGGGGAUAAACAGACCAGGAAAAGUCUAUAAUGUUAAAGAACAACAGUAUGAAAGUGCCAUCCCUUCAACCGCCGCACCAGCGACCACAACAGGAAACCUAUUGUACACAUCACAGUACCAAUACUCAAAGUCACCAAUAACGACAAUAACACCUGAAGCAAAAAGCUAUACACCCGCUUGGAGAGGAGGCAGCGUUAAAGGUCCUUUGACAAGGCCAGCCGUAGGCCAAUUGAUUUAUCCAUCAAGUCGUGUUGCAGAGCAGGACGAAGCAGAUAAUGGAGGAAAUACCAAAUCCCGUGGACCAACAACUGCUCCACCUCAGUCAAUGGGUACCAACGAGGAAAUGCCGAUGUUGAAUGAAGUUGAAAGUAAGCCAGAUGAAAUUUACAAUAUGACAUGGGAGCCCAAUAAGUCAAAACUUGGUUUAUCUGAGCCCACAGAAAUGCCAACUGCACCUACAAUGAGACCAACAUUUACAAGGAUUCCAGACUUUCCAGUUGUUUUGACGACGCCUAAACUACCAAAUGGUGGAGGAAAUUCUGAGGAAAAAGAGCCAGAGCCAACGGAAGGACCUUAUCAAGAAGGUUUCACGAGACCCCGUAAUGUACCAACAACAACAACGACAGAGACUACCACAAGAAACGUGAAGGUUCCUGCAUUGAUGACAAAACCAACCACAUUACCAAGGACAACGCAAGGAAGUCAAGUGUCAGCGAAAUCAGUCCAGCCAUUUACAGAUGGAAAAUUUUCGUCUGGGCAAAGAGUAACUCACCCUCUUCAAGAAAAAUUUUCGCAAGCAAUUUCUAGCAAAAGCACAAACAAAAACCCAUUGAAAACAACAAGAUAUGGAGGGAAGGAAAAGCCAACAGCAUCAGUAGGAUCCAAUGGCUAUCCAACCAAUGCACUAUCUGGAGGCGUAGUUACAACUGGACGAGCUGCAUCAAUAGCAACAAGCACCUUAUACAAAACAACAGAACGUCAAGGAAGCUUAGGAACGCAGUCGCAAUACGAACAGGCUUAUGAACAACUACAGCAAAGACCUAGCCAGUCAGGGAAUCGUGUGGGGACAACAAGUAGAUUUGAAACCAAGAAUCCAACCUACAAUACAUAUCCAACAACGGGUGCAAGGGAGAGAAACGAGACACAGAAAACAGCAGAAAGGCCAACAGUGAACUAUGGUGCGACUGCAGCAAAGAACUACUCGGAGGGAUCGGAGGAAAACAGGCCUACAAGUGGCUAUAGAACAGAGAAAACAGGAUCUAACAGGCCAACUGAGGGAUACAGUAUGGAAAACACAGGAACAAUGUCAGUAGAACAAUCCUACCCAAGCAGGCCAACCAUAAAAGAAAAUACAGCUGGAAAUCAAGGUCAAAGACCAACAUACAGUGCCACUACGCAGGCACAGAGUCAGUAUAACGGGACAGAGGGAAUGACGCAAGGACCAACAUCAAAGCAAGGCUAUAGUUCGCAAAAUCAAAACAUUACAACAGGAUACCGGCCGACGCAGAACCAAAGUCCAACAUUCGGUAGUGAGAAGCAAAACUCGUAUACGACAGGAGGAAGACCGACUGAAAAAGUAGGCAAACAAACGAAAACACAGCAAGCCUACGCAGCACAAAAUCAAAACAUUACAACAGGAUACCAGCCGACGCAGAAUCAAGGUCCAACAUUCGGUAGUCAGAAGCAACAGUCGUAUACGACAGGAGGAAGACCGACCGAAAAAGUAGGCAAACAGACGCAUGCAACACAAAACGCGGCGUAUGAAACACAGAAACCAUCUCAAACAUUGGCAUAUAAGCCAGAGGCGACGAAAUCACAACAAGGCUACGCAGCACAAAAUCAAAACAUUACAACAGGAUACCGGCCAACACAGAACCAAAGUCCAACAUUCGGUAGUGAGAAGCAAAAGUCGUAUACGACAGGAGGAAGACCGACCGAAAAAGUAGACAAGCCGACGUAUGCAACACAAAACGCGGAGUAUGAAACACAGAAACCAUCUCGAACCUCAGCUGCGGAGUCUGAAGGAACCAUUCCUGAAGAAGAAAAAGAUGAAGAAAAAAGUCGGCCAACUGGCUUGCCACGAUUCAAAACUCUUGCGGCUACCAUCCGGCCUAAACUGGACCAGGCCAACUUAGCACCAAAUAUCAAUGAUUCAAAAGUUUUGGACGUGAGUGAAAAUUCCAGGAAUUUUACAACUGCCCAGCCGACAAAUCGGCCAUAUAGAACCCAAGCCCCGACAGCUGCACACGAGCAAAAGGUAUUGUCGACUGUGUUCCCGACAUCUUCGGAAGGCAGCUCAAACGGAUCGAUGCAAACGCCAUCACCAAUCGAUGUCAAUAAAUUGCCAACAAAGAAACCUUCAACAACGAAUAAAAACGAAACACCGUUGAAAGAUUACCCAACAGUCUUCCCUGGCCUAGCAUAUCCAACAUCAAAGCCUAUUUUAAGUAGAAAUGGCACUGUCCCAGCAACAACGCCUGCAAGAUCAAACAGUCAAAACGAGGUUACUGCACCGCAGCCAUCAGAAAAGCUGGAGAAGCAGGAAGAUUCUGUCUUGGCUCCUACGAAAACAGCUUUUAGGACGACAAACCUACCUACCUUCAUAACUACAAAGAGAAUUCUACCAACGACGGCAAGGCCAAGUGUAAAAUAUGGAACACCGAAUGAGACAACAGAUAAUGGAGAACAGAAGGCAGCUUUGCCUUAUCAGUCGGAUAACACGCAGGCAGCGGGUCAAACAAAUGUCGUUGUGCCGCAUCAGGUUUUCAACCCAGAACAGGAAAGGAUGCAAGACCAAGAGGCAGAAGAGGAGCGCCAAAGGCUUCUUAGCGUGACAACACCAGCACCUGUAACGUAUCAUAGAGAUAGCGAUGAAGAUGUGACAGCACCUGAAAAUCAAAACAAAGACAAUGAAUGGCAUGGCCUACAAUACGGACCAUUAGCUUUGCCACCUGCGUUCAAAGAGCCCGAGUCGACAAAAGGAAACAUACAAACAAGUGACAAGGGACUAUCACAUGAAGGAGAUGGGAUUGGUUAUAGUAGAUACCCAACAGCAUCGGAAACCGGGGGGAAAUUGGCAUACAGUUCCUUGAGUUUUCCAACUGGAAAUCAGGUUGAGCGGCAGAUGAACCCGUUGUAUGUUAAUGAUACAGAAAGUAGGCCAACGAAAAAACGACCGACAACGACCCAGGAGCCGACAAGGAAAACGAAAACUACAACGACCCAAGAGCCAACAAAGAAAGUGGAAGUUACAACGACUCAAGAACCAACAAGGAGAGUGGAAGGUACAACGACUCAUGAACCAACAAGGAGAGUGGAAGUUACAACGACUCAAGAACCAACAAGAAGAGUGGAUGUUACAACAACAAGAAAACCAACAAAAAAGAGCACAAAUGAGUUAUAUGAGUACAAAACAACAACUGAAAGUACAAGAGAAAAGCCAGUCAGGACUACAGCCAAAACAGCUUCAAGCAACGACAAGGAGAGUGCAGGAUUGCAGACAACAUCGCAACCUUCACAAAAAGAAAAUACCUCGCAGGAAGGAACCGUUAAAUCGACUAGCAAAUCAUAUGACACACAAGAAAGUACGACAACUGCGCAGAUAGAACAAACAGCAAAAACAACAGCUCGCCCAACAACCACCAGUAGUCGGUUAACGACCGGACAGCGACCAUCAGAAGUGCCAACAUCCAAGAUAAAGGCGACGGGUACAAAGCAAAGCUCAAAGCCGAACUAUUCAACCAGAACUGGCACCAAAGGUUCAUCUUCAAUGGAACAACCACCACCAGAGACCCCAACACAUGGAGGCAUGGCUCCUCCAGAGAGACCCGUUACGUCUGAGGUUGAUGGCAUAAAAACUACCGAUACCCCAAGAACUGUUGCAAAAGAAACCGAAACAUCACCUCCAACGAAACAACCGGAAACAACAAUGAGCUCAACUACAGCAUCAGAGUCAACGACAAAAAGUGACAAAAAUGACCAAAAAACCUCAGAGAAACAAGACACGCUUGUUGACAAAAUUUACAACAUCUUCAACAAAAUAGUAGGCAUUGAUGCGCGGCCGACCUUGAAAACAAACCCAACAACGGAACCGAAGUUUGAAACAACUACCUCCACAACAGCAGCAAUAACAACUAAGAUGGAAGAGCUGACAACAACAGAGGCAACAACAACUGCAACAAAAACAACAACAUCUCCGCCAACCUAUGAAAUUACAACAGUAGAAAAUACAAAGAGACCAGCUGGAACCGAGGCACCUUCUAAAAAGAUUGAAACAACAGAGUCAAAUGAGGGAUUCGCGCAACAGCUACUGAAUAGCGAAACAACGACGUCACAACAAAAGCGACCACAAAGACGUACGUUACAACAACAGAAAGGCCAGUAAGAUAGAUAUUCUCAAACAACGAAGGAAAAUUCAGAUAGUUUGCAGUACAAAACAACAACAGAAGGGUCUUGGUCCAUAAACAAGAUGACAACAGAGGAUGCAGAUCGAGUUACUCCGGAGCAAAUAUCAAUCGACACAACAACCAAGGAUUCGGAAUCUAGUCAAAAAACAACGACCGAAAAUGUCGACCGGCUUGCGUGGAAGACGACAACUCAGCUACCUUUGCCAGCACAAGAAACGACAACUGAAAACGUCGACCAACUUGUCUGGCGAACAACGACCGAAGAACCCUUACCAACUCAAAGAACAACAACUGAAAAAGUCGACCAACUUGUAUGGCGAACAACGACCGAAGAACCCUCACCAACUCAAAGAACAACAACUGAAAAGGUCGACGAGUCUGUUUCAAGAACGACGACCGAACCACCUUUGCCAACUCAAACAACAACAACUGAAAAGGUCGACGAGUCUGUUUCAAGAACGACGACCGAACCACCUUUGCCAACUCAAACAACAACAACUGAAAAGGUCGACGAGUCUGUUUCAAGAACGACGACCGAACCACCUUUGCCAACUCAAACAACAACAACUGAAAAGGUCGACGAGUCUGUUUCAAGAACGACGACCGAACCACCUUUGCCAACUCAAAGGACAACAACUGAAAAGGUCGACGAGUCUGUUUCAAGAACGACGACCGAACCACCUUUGCCAACUCAAAAAACAACAACUGAAAAGGUCGACGAGGCUGUUUCAAGAACGACGACCGAACCACCUUUGCCAACUCAAACAACAACAACUGAAAAUCUUGAUCAGGUUACAUUGAGUACAACGACCGAACAACCGGAGCCAACAAAGAGGACAACUACGCAGGACAGCAAUCGACCGCUUUGGCAAACAACUACAGAAAGUCGGGAGCAAGGGCAACAAGCUUCAACGACAGAAAAACCCAAACAAAAGCAAAGUGAAGAAGAAAAGGAUGUUGAUAGAAUAAUAGCAAGUGUUAUGGAUAUGCCAACAACAUCCUCUCCACCCUUAUCUACGACCACAGCACCAUACUUUCAGGUUACUAGAGAGAAAACAAUGGAAACAACUCCAGCGUACAACUACAAGACACAAUCAACAUCAACAGAUAGAUCAGACUACGAACAGCAAGGCGAAAAAUCAAAAACAACAGUGGCAACAGAGAGACAGUCGUCUACGACAGAAAGGCCAACAACGAGCCAAAAGAAGACCACAACGGAAGAGAUUGAAUGGAAAGUACAAGAUGUUUUCACCACUAGGAAGCCAGAAUACGAAGAAAAGACAAGGGUUAGGCCAUCGACAAGAGUAGAUCGCAUCACAUGGGAAAAUGAGUACGAGACUACAACAACAGAGAAGCCACAAACAACAGCAGCCAGCGCUAAUGAGGGUCAGUUGGUUACUUAUGCUACCAACAACGUUAAAGCUACUCAAACGCCACAGGUAGUAUUCACUGCAUCAAAUGGAACAAAGACUGAUGCGAGCAGUGAAAAUGAAAACACGGAACGGACUACUACAAGAAAAAAUAUUUACACGACAGAAAAUGAAUCAGUGUAUACCGGCAGUCUUAAAACAAGCAGCAAUGCACCGGUAGUGAAAACUGACAAAUUGCAGGAAAAGACACAAGCAAUCACUUCCAACCCAGAGCAACGCACCACACAUGAUUAUCGACAAACAGGAAGCAAAACAAGAUCACUUCCUGGUACCACCAAACCAGGCAAACCUGUAUCGCCUACGACCAAACCAAUAACAUCGAGCAAUUUACAACCAGCAUCUGGAAGCCCUACGGAAGAGAUACAGGACUUCAGCGCUAGGCCAUUUGGGUUCAACCUGCAGCCAGUCGAAAAAGUAAAUACAACAGCUACAAAGCAAACGCCGACACAAACAGCAACAGAAAUGCUAAAAAACCAGUCGUCUGUAACACAACAGCUUUUGAAGACUGAAGAGCCAAUGAUAACGAAAGCCAAUACAGAAAAACCAGGAAUCGUUAUGACGGAUUCAUUAACCUACAAGUCAGCAGCAAUUCCUGAAAACCCAUCUUCCGCUGAUAACGGCGAGGGCAAUAGAGUGUUAAGUAAGGAGAAGCCUUACGAAGGAGCACAGGCUGUACCUUCAGCAUACGAAAAGCAGAGCAAAGAUAUUAGCAAGCCGACAACGGAAUCAACGACAACUACAACAACAUCGGGUUUAACCGAAAUAGCUUAUGGCGGCGAAAAUGCAGCAAGACCUACAAAUAAUGGCGGACAAAAAGAACUUAGUCGGAAUGUGACAGGUCCAACGGAGAAAGCAAGUGGCGGGAGCACGCCUAGCUACGAAAAUAAAGAUCAAGGAGGAAGUGUUUCACCAGGGAACAGCUACAUGUCACAGUAUUUGUUGGGGAUACAAAAAUGGUACAAUAAAUAUGUCAAAAGAAUUGAAAACGAGAACAUGACAUUUUACCCAGCGGCAUUGGUGAAGCAGGCUGAUUAUGAUGCGCUUCAGGAAGAAAUCAAGGAAGAGAAACAGGAAGAUAAAGAUGAUGGCUAUGACCCAUGGCGAGCGGUGAAAGAAUAUUAUGACGUAUAUCUCUCGGAAAUAGAGAACUGGGAACUAAAGUAUAGAAAGAAACCGCAGGGUGCACAGGAGGCUGUCAACAAGCCAAACGUAAAUCCUGUGAAUGCGACUACAGAAACCCCUGUGACCUGGAGAACGGCAGCACCGAUUGCAGCAGGAAAAAUAAACGAUAAUCAAGUUGACAUUCCUGCAAUGUAUGGUCGUCCGGCAACACCAUUGCCCGUAGAACCAACAACAAAAGAACAGGAACGAGCUACCUCAAAGCCUAAAACAACCGACCUGGAUGGCAUUUUUGCUCAACUUGCAACCUGGAAGAGGCCUACGUCAAGUCCCCAAGCACAAAUGCCACCAAAUAUACCUUCGAAAGGAGAUGACGGACAGGUUGUCUACACGCCUAUCCUGCCAGAUGCACCAACUAAAAGACCCGAUAAAGGUAAAGACAAAACAGAACCAUCAGACGUUGACGCCAUUUUUGCCAAAAUUGCAACAAUGCUUAUGCCAACAACUAAACCAACUACAAAGCAAGCAACGAGCGAACAAAGCGCUGGCAGGCCUACGACUUCUUCAGAAUCUUCAAGAACGUCCGGGGAGCAGAAACAGGGUGGCCGAGAGUCGCAGGGUGAGACAGUGCAAACAACAACAGAGAAACCAAUGACCAAUCAAGGAAACACAGGGAAAGUGACAUACUACCCUGAGGCGGAAUCGAACCAGACAACUAAGGCACCUGAGGCUGUGACACAAGUGGUAACAACAACAACACAAAACUCUGGUCAAGAGACAACUACUUCAAAUGGUCAGAGCAAAGAAGAGACGACAAGUAUGCGGUUUACAACGCCAACCCAGGCAAUCACCAUGCAUACCGAAACAACACGACCACAAACAACAACAACGAGGAGACCGCCAGUCACGAAGCCAACGGAAUACGAAAUUGUCCCUGAGGAAUCGAGCAACGAUUAUUCUGCCAAGCAACCACCAAAUAACAAAACAGCAACUUCACCACCUGAGCAGCCAGUCACCGAGAAGGUUGACACAGUUCCAACUAAUCUAGAAAAUCAGACCUUCACGACAACUGCAACGCCAGCUUUGACACAGAAACAAAAUACAGGGCUUAAUAUGGAAGAAAACGGUACUCAAUUGGAACAGCAGAAGCUUCCCGCAAAUCCUGUGACGUCAUACCCUUCACAAGCUGCAACAAACCCUGCUGCCGCUGCUACUAUUAAGAAUACCAGGGAACCAGUCAAUGCCGAGGGCUAUGGUCAGUCAAACACGACAGAGUCAGCAAUGCAGACAACAAUGACAACAAAACCAGCUCCUGAGGAAACAACCACCAUUGCACCACCAGUUGCAACAACAACAAGACCAGAAACAACAACAGCAACAAUAACAACAGAAACAACAACAAAUAAAACACCAAACAAGUCGACAACCUCAAGUGAUGCAAAUGUUGUCCCGACAGAUGAAAUUGCCUCAACAGGGAAACAAAAUGAGGAAGAUGAUCAAGCUAUCAAAAAUCCGUCAUCCCCUAACUGGACCACAACAACAACAAACACUUCCGCACAGAGUAGUGGCGAAACGACUGCAAUGAGAUAUCCGACAACGACACCCUUGACCACGCUAUCAACAACAACUGCGUCAUCUACAACAUUGUCAACUAAUGUAGAGACAACCUCAAAAUACCCAGAAGCUACCAAAGCACCAAAACCAACAGCGCAGACCAAUACUGGCUCAGGAGUGAAGGUGUUUACAAGUGAGAACAGCGCCAAUUCGAUCGAGACAACAACAGCACAAGUGUACGCAGAAUCCAUGACAACAACUGCAACACCCUAUUCGUCAAGUACGAAACAAGUGGGCAAUGGCCAAUACACAACAACGCAAAAGGGAGAACAGAAUAAUCAGGACAGUGGGAAACAGAAUACUGGCCCGAAAAGCCAAAGCCAGGAUUCUCCACAAAGCCCAACGAAUCCUCCUGGCGUUUCCGUGCAGGAGCCAAAUGCAACGACAGUGUACCCGUUGAAUGGACAAAGCCAGACCACUACUGAAGAGAAAAACAAACAGGUAUAUGAUUCGCAGCAAAACAUUACAAUGAACAGCAUAACAACUCCGCGGCCAUACGAAGAAACGACUACGGCUAAUCAGCCAGUAUAUGACCAGACAAGUAAUACACAGCUACAGAAAAAUCCGGUGAUGACGCAAAACAACCAAGAAACGCCGUAUGAGAAAUAUGUCAAACAAUUCUAUGCAUAUUACCAAUCCCAAUCGAUGUCUUCAGCUUCAUAUCAAUACAAAAGUAAGGCUGAACAACAAGGACAGGCCCAACCAGUGCCACAACAAAAACAAGAGAAUCAAACAACAGUUUCAUCUGGAUUUCAAACAACAACAACAACAACAACUGCUUCACUUGUCAAUCAAAAUCAGGCAUCAUACCCUCAACCAUCUUACCAACCACAAGAUAACAGUUCGCAAUAUCUCGAAGGAAAAGAAAUUGAUGAAAUCAUUUACAAACCAUACGAAGCACCAGCCACAGAACAAUCCCAACAGCAGCAAACACAAGAAAACCAAACAACAGCAUCACCUGGGCUUCAAACAAUGACAACGACUGUUGCACCUGUCAAUCAAAAUCAGGCAUCAUACCCUCAACCAUCUUACCAACCACAAGAUAACAGUUCGCAAUAUCUCGAAGGAAAAGAAAUUGAUGAAAUCAUUUACAAACCAUACGAAGCACCAGCCACAGAAAAAACUCAACAGCAGCAAACACAAGAAAACCAAACAACAGCAUCACCUGGGCUUCAAACAAUGACAACAACUGUUGCACCUGUCAAUCAAAAUCAGGCAGUUUAUUCCGCACCAUCUUAUCAACCACAAGACAACAGCUCGCAAUAUCUCGAAGGAAAAGAAAUUGAUGAAACCGUUUAUAAACCAUACGAAGCACCAACCACAGAACAAUCUCAACAGCAGCAAACACAAGAAAACCAAACAACAGCAUCACCUGGGCUUCAAACAAUGACAACAACUGUUGCACCUGUCAAUCAAAAUCAGGCAGUUUAUUCCGCACCAUCUUAUCAACCACAAGACAACAGCUCGCAAUAUCUCGAAGGAAAAGAAAUUGAUGAAACCGUUUAUAAACCAUACGAAGCACCAGCCACAGAACAACCCCAACAGCAGCAAACACAAGAAAACCAAACAACAGCAUCACCUGGGCUUCAAACAAUGACAACGACUGUUGCACCUGUCAAUCAAAAUCAGGCAGUUUAUUCCGCACCAUCUUAUCAACCACAAGACAACAGCUCGCAAUAUCUCGAAGGAAAAGAAAUUGAUGAAACCGUUUAUAAACCAUACGAAGCACCAACCACAGAACAAUCUCAACAGCAGCAAACACAAGAAAACCAAACAACAGCAUCACCUGGGCUUCAAACAAUGACAACGACUGUUGCACCUGUCAAUCAAAAUCAGGCAGUUUAUUCCGCACCAUCUUAUCAACCACAAGACAACAGCUCGCAAUAUCUCGAAGGAAAAGAGAUGGAUGAAGGUUUGUUUGCAGACUACCAUUCUGAGCAAGAGGCAAAGGAAGGUCAAACAAAUAACGUUGCCCAAGAGGGAAGUAAAGAUACUGUCACAGAGGAAUCUAGCAUUGGACAGCUGAGUGGAGCUGGUGAGGGAAAUGCUCCGACAGGCGGCGCAGUACCUUCCCAGGCAGUGCUAACGGGUACAGCAGAUAGAGUGAAUAAACAAAAUAGCAUGUUGCCUGGAAACAACCAAUCAGGAAGCGAACAGCCAACACCGCCACCAUAUUAUCCAUCUGAUACAACAACAAUGGCCGGAAACAAACUUCAAACCACAGCAGCAAUGCCUACAAGGCAGCCUGAAUUAGCAAUACUGACUGCGACAACAACUACAAAGCCAAAUUAUCAAAGUUACAAUUACAUGGAAGAAAAGGACGAGAAGGAGGUUUUAUACCAAACAACCACAACAGCUCCGCCGACGCAUAAUGGAGAAGUUACAGGGCAACCAACACAGCAGCCACCAUACGAACCAAGCUACAAUCCCAAAAAUAGAGAACAAAAUGACGUCACUGAAGAAGCUGCUUAUCAAAACGAGGCAAAGACUGGGUCUGCUACAGCAACAACAACAAAACCGAUGACGUCCAAAACAACAGCAAAACCUGGUGUUUCGGUGCAAGAGCCGCUCACUGGAAAUAAGGAUAGCAACAACAACAACUUGUCAAUUAAUAAGGUAUACAACCCAAACGAGUACGGAACACAAACAACAAAUAAAAUGCCACAACAGCCAACGACAAUGGACAAUGGCAACCAGCCAACAAGCUACAACGCUAAUUCCCAGUCUUUAUCUACCGACUCAGAGUUGAUUUUGGCAUCAGAAAGCGAGUCUUCGGAAAUGCGCCGUCCUACGACAAGCAUUGCUGGCAAGACCACAACAACAAGCAGCUUGAAUCCGGCAGAAACUGUAACCGGAAACAGCAACAUUGAAACCGGAAGCAAUGCCCAGCAAGCCGGUUCAAAUGCUACACAGUCAGGUAGCAUCUAUACUCAAAAGCAAUCUGAUUCGAAAGAGGCGAAGGAAUCAUCUGAAACUAUAGCAGGCAGCAACAAAGGUGCAUCGAGCAUGGAGCAAGACAAAGAAUCGGAAACAAGCCAACAGUCGUAUUGGGGCAACAUAUAUAAUAACGGGUAUCCAUAUAACGAUCAGAAGAGCUACGAAGAUUAUUUGAAGAAUUAUUAUGCAUCAAUGAACAGCAAUAACAAGCCUAUUGAGAAUACGCAGCCACAAGCAUCACAGGAGGAAAUUGACAGCCAGCUAGUUCAAGAGAUGGACAUCAGUACAAAAGAGCCAAGUUCACAAUACAGCCCUACAAAACAGCGGGAAACAAAUCCUGAAACAAGGACCACCAAGAACCAACCAACGUCUACUGCCACAUCCAACCGCAAUGCAAGUGAAACUGCUACGGCUCAAAAUCUGCCAUUGUUUACUGGACGAAUUCCAGGCGGCUACAAUCCGUCAGUUUCUGAGUACGGCCAAAGCAAUGGAUUGGGAACGUCACUGAAAGAGCAAUCUGAAAUAUACCCGUACAGAAAUGAGCCCACUGCUUCAAAUGUACAGUACAGCACAGGAAGUGACGUCACCGAUGGAAGUACUACAACAACGCCCAGAGAAGAGCUGGAAUCUGUGACUGGAAAUGCGAAUAAACCAACAACAUCUAGCCGAUCUGCAGGUCAAACAACACAAGAGGUGACAACCAAUAGGACGACAACUUCUACUUCUGAAGCAUCAAAAGUGACUGAAGCAUUUGCAAGUGAAGCUGCUCAGGCAAUAGGCAAAUCACCAACCAUGCAAAUCUACACACCAACAAAAAUGGAAAGCAACGAAAACAAAUCACAAACAAAUAACAAGAUUGAUUCAUAUUUGAACUCAGACAGUAGCCUUGGUAUCGCUGUAGGACAGGAUAAUCAAAAUAACAUGUAUUCCUCUGCGCCGGCAGCUGCUCCCAUGAGACGAGGCGAAGCCUUAAAGCCAUUAAAUGAAUCUGCAAAGGAGGCGUCUAAUGUUAUCCGAGUUAUCAUGUUACCUACAACAAGUGCAAAUGCAAAAACUGAUGCAUUCAAGGACAGUGAUUUAGGCACGUUUGCCAAAACGGGAAGUUUGUACGAAGAAAAGACAACUGAGAAAACCACAGCCGGUAUGACUAUCACAGAACCUGCUCCAGGAAGAUCCAGUGCGGAAGCGAAUCCAUCAGAGUCAUAUUCCUAUACCAACAACCAGGCCAUUGGAAGAGAAGAAGUUUUACCAGAAACGGCAGAAAACCAGGAUGCAUUUGAGCCAAAGCAAGAGAACACUGCUGGCGAAGACACAGUCAAGGAGAGCAGCUACCAAGCAAGCCCUGAUACACAAUACGGUAGUUUGUUUGCUAGAGAACAGGGAAAUAAUGUUUCUGUAGAAAUGAACGAAACGGUUUUACCAACCAUGCCAACUGCAACUACUAAGGCCAGUGCUGUUACGAUUGCACCAACGGAAAGGACGACAGUUGUCGCAACGUCGAAAGUAGUCUCAGAGUCAACAACAAUAAACAGUAAGAAUAUAUCCGAAGUUGAUGUAGUAAACCCAAUAACAGGUAGCGUUAUUUUGACGGAGAGAGUGAGUUACGCUGAUAUCAACAAAGACCCUGACGUCUGGGAUAUUGAUGAUAAUACCCAAGAAAAUACAACAACUGCUGGAACAGAAAGCCCGUCAAGUAACGGUUCAAAUAGAGCUGAAACAAUGAAAGGAACAACGCAAGCUGACCCAACGAUUGGUCAGUAUUUACCAAGCGUAGCAAUGACGUCAACAAGCUCUGUUAAAAGGAACGACGUAGGAGCUUCAACGACAAAGGAUCGAAAUGCCACCACAAGAAGCCAGUACAAUACAGAAACACCGGUACCAAGUGAAAGGUCAACAAGUCGCAGUUCAACGGAAAAUGCACAAUAUGUAGCAUCAGACGAAAAUGAGCAGCAAACAGAUGGACAGGAAUUCGAAUUUGCAGGUGGGAAUAACUCUCCUUUUGCACCAGAAACCGAAACCUUAAACCAGGGGCCCGAUGAAGUAAGGUACAGUUACUGGCCAGAUGAGGAGACGGCUGAUGCAAACGUAGAAGAGCAAAAUGACAACUUAGGUGAAUCUGAGGUAGAACAAGUCAAGCCGUCGUUGGAAGUCAGCAAUUUGAAAACACCUGCACAAUAUGAAUCAGAACAGGAGCAGACCCGCGUAGUUAGAACAUUACCAUCAACUGUUGUACCACCACUAACGUCACAACUGAAGGAGAACCAGGCCAGUGACGUAACACAGCCAAAAACAGGUACACUUCCAACAACCAAAGCAACAAAACAGGAUUUAAACACGGAACCAUUGCCAGGUGAUAUGAUGACAUUGAACAAUAAGCUGGGAAUAGAACAAGUUGAGUCCGGGGAUUAUCUUGACAGCCCCCAGGAAACCGCUCAGCAACAUCAGUUCACCCCAAGGAUUCCACAAGUGGUAACGUCAAACAAUGGCUCGACAUCCGAAAACAAGUUGCAUAAACUAUUUAAUGAACUGGUUGAUUUAGAAGUGAAUAAUAAUCAAAGUACGGCCACAGAAGGAAACACGACUAGCAAUGCCGAUUCAGAGGCCAAUCAGCCUCCACGAAAUGAUGAAGCGAUCAAGCAAGACAGUGAUUUGAAUGACAAGCAGAAAGAAGCAGAUCAACAAGAAACUAGCAAAGAAGGCACAGACAACAACAGCAAAUCACUUGAUCAAUCUUCUGAAUCAAAAAAUCAGGAAACUGAAUCAUCGCUUCAAAUAGCCAAAUCGAUUGACCAAGAGAGUCUAUUGAAUAGCAGCAGGGCUGAUGUCACUGAGCAACAGAAUAACCUUACCUCAGAGCAAGAUAAAACAAUAUCAGGAACACAAAGAGAUGAAAUAGAAAGGGGUGAUUCUCGCGAAAAAAAUACUGAUGAUGACGAGUUUCAAGUAUUCCGCACAGACGAAGAUAACGAGGAUCCGGGACUAGUGCGUCUACUGCUGCACCCUGAAAAUUUACCACCGCAAACAGUUGCAGAGGACAUUGCAGAUGUGGACUCGGAUUAUGUGUUGGCAAAGAACGUCGUAAUACAUGAUGACAUUGAUCGAUAAAGACACGAUGACAUGAAUCGUCGUGAAGCUUGAAUCACCUCGUUUCCAUUAAUGAAUGGGAGCGAGGUAAAAAACGCAGAUGUCAGGUGAAGGGCGCAAGAAAAAGAAGGAAAAUUCAGAUAGCAAUGAAUUAGACCAGUAAAAGAAUGCAAAUUUUAGGCAAAAAUAAACGUUGUCGACCAAUCAGGAACAUAUUCGAAUUGAUAAACCGCUCUGUAUAAGGUUGAAGAUCUCUGCUAGAUUAUUUGAGGUUCUAAAUGUUUUGCCGGAUACUUUUCCAGAACUUCUAGACAAGAGACCAUUUAUUAUGGAGUGCUUCAAUUUCAGGCCUUUUUGUCAAAACUGGUUUCCUGAAAUAGCCCCAAAAAUUAAUCUGCAAAAGUUUGACUUAAAGCUCAGUUGACUAGGUUGAUAAAGUUAUUUGACAACAAAGUCGUUACCUAUACGCUUUUACCGGUUUAUGCAAGGUUGUAAUCAAUAAAUUUGUUAUUGCGAAAAUCUCAGUGUAUGUUAAAGUAUGUUGUUCAGUUCUAAAAGAUAAAAUAAUCCACUAAACCUUUGCUUAUAGAUCCCCUUUAGAAUGUAAAGAUAGAACUAACUGAUAAUUCGAGGGUAAGAAACAUUAAAUAGCUUUAAAAUAAAGGUCUGUAAUAUACAUAAACUAUAUUAGUUGUGAGAAUAAUUUCAUUCAUUUUUAUACGCAAAUGUUAUAUCAAUGAAAUAAUUCAUUAUGUAUUAAAAGAUAUC